ACCAGUAAAAACAUAUGGAUAGGGUGUGACCAAAAUAAAUGGAUCUCCUGCCUUUCUCUUUUUAUCGUUUAUUAAAAGGAAUUCAAAUGAUUCACAAACAGAUAAAUUCCUAAACCCUGAUAGCAGUUUCGCUAAUUAAUAAAUGUGCGCCUUCACUGUUCUAAAUCAACGAGGCGUAUCGUUACCAGACCCUCGCGAACCUUAGGCAGUUUUGCUAUGCCUUCUCUCAGGAAGCGAGUUUCCACUUAUUUAAGACAAUUAAGUUUCCACAAUGAGCCCCGAGACAAGAAAAAUAGUGCCAACGAGAAUGCUUUUGUGACAAAAUACUUGCAAGGGUUGAUAACGCUUCGCGAGGGCCCCCCAAUAGUUUAUGGCAAAAACCCCACUGAUUUGCCCAGUUACGAGUUAGGUAGGUACAAAAGUGGAGCCAGCAGCGUUAUUGGUUGUUAUUCCGGACCCAAUGGUGGACUCACCACAGUGAAACGUACUGAAAAACACUUGUCAGUGUUAGAUGACGACAUCGAUUUUAUCGAUAAUCAUGAUGAGGAAGAACCCGUCCCUAUUGUCAAACAAAAAAAAUCACCGCAAAGAAUCGUUGGUCAACCGAUUGACAACACCACAAUGGUAAUAAAAGUGGGGGGCAAUGAAUAUUGUGUCACCAAUAAACCGAAAAGACAUUCCAAAAGUCUCAGUUUGGGCAGCAUAGCGGACUUUAACAUCGAAGUGGAGAAAACUAAGAUAGAUAAGGAAUUUUACCUUGCCUGUGAUACUAAAACUAAAGAUGAAAAUGAAAAUGUAGGACGUGUGGAAAUAGUUCCGACUAGUGCUAGUGACAAAGAACAUUCUUGCAGUUUAGGUGGUAAUACAGUAACAAUUACCAAAGUGAUACAGAGUAGUGAGGCAUUACCAUUAAGACAUUCUAUUAAGACGAAACCUGAGAUAAGUCAACAUAACAUUCCGAAUGUGAAUAAGACAAAUUAUGCCUUGGCAAAGUCAAGGAGCGAAGGAAACCCCUUUGGCAAUAAAAAGAGAGGGAAAAUCAUUCAAGUGCAACGGCAGAGGAGCGAGAGGGGUGAAGGAGAGGAGCCUUCAGUUCCCGCUGCAGAUGACGCGGCCCUUCCGCCCGAAUGGAGCCAAAAAUCUGACACUUUCUAUGGCAUUUCUGACAGUUUAUAUGACAGGAACCAAGUGACCAGACUAAAAAAUGGUGAUCCUAUUGCGGACUGUUUUGGACUAAUAGCCAGAGAGGAUUCGGCCAUUUUGGCUGUAGCCGAUGGGGUCAAUUGGGGUGAAAAGGCGAGCGUGGCGGCCAAAUCGGCCAUCCACGCGUCCCUCCACUACCUCAACAAAACCAUCUUCAACGACACGAAACCGUUCGAAAAACUAACGAUCAAGGGCGAGCAAAGUUUAACGAACGACACUUUGAACCCAGUGGACAACGGGGCCAACUUGGUCGGCAACACUCGGGAGGUUUUCGUUUGUCUUUUGAGGGCCUUCAAUUGUGCCCACGAUCUCAUUUUAGAAAAUAAGGGAAUGCUCACUACGUUAACUGUGGCGGUGAUUCUACCGAUAAAAUCGAAAGAGGCUCGCAGGGACAGCGACGGGAGUUACGUUUGUUGCGUUUGUAAUGUGGGGGAUACGUUGGCUUACGUGUAUUCGCAGAAAACCGGCAUUAGGGAGUUGACCAAAGGUUCCCAUGACGUAAACAGCAACAGGGACAUGCGAGACGCCUUGGGAGCCCUAGGCCCCGUGGACGGCAUCAACCCGGAACUGAGCAACUUGACCCUGUCGAUCACCACCCUGCAAAAGGGCGACAUCGUCAUGGUAGCCAGCGACGGUCUAACCGACAACUUCGACCCGAACGUGUGCAAAUUCACCGUCAAUUCAAACAUCGAAACGAUAAAAACCCGCGCGAAAAAACCGUCCGCGAACCAGGAGAACCUCAGACCACCACGGGAGACCGCCCAAAAGGUUCCGCCCGAACCACCUCAAAAACCCCCGAGGCGCAGCAAAUUAAGAGCGACCAGCCUGGAACCGGAAAUGCAGCAAAACCCUUCGGUGGCCAACCACUUUAUCCGCGCGAAUUCGGUCGAAGAACCGCGAAAGGAGACGAAAAAACCCCCCGCGCCCGUCAUAGAGAACAAGGCGAGCAGUCUCAGGAAACAAGCGGCGAGAAAAAUCAGCCCUCCGACCCACCCAGGCACCCAGACGGGCCGUUAUAAAUUCCUCAAAUCGAAAACGUCACUGGACCUCAGGCCUGGUGCCGCACAAAACCGCCCUCCGAUCCUAAGGAACGACGAGGGAAUCCCGUACGUCAGCCCCAUCCAGCGGUACGAGCUGCAACUGCUCCUGAUGGAGGACAUCUUGAAACGUGGCAUCUCCGGCCGCGACUCGCCGAUAAACGACGCGAGGAAAUUGUGCGAGACGCUGGUCAGUUUCGCGAUAAGCGUCACGGCGGCCAAAAGACGCACCCUGGAGGAUCGCGAGAUGUACUACGACAACAGGAACGGGGUGAUGGUCGAGGUGUCCAAUCAGGAGAAGAGGGCGCGCAGGAAACGGGGGUUGGAGCGGGUGCAGUCGUUGCCGGGCAAGUUGGAUCACGUCACCGCGGUCGCUUAUAAUGUGGGGAAUGUCGUGGGGUGACACUUUGACAGGUACCGGUUUCGAUUUUAAGCUUUAAUAAUAGUUCGUUUUGCGGACAGAACGAAGUAAACCGACGCUGCCACAUUUAAUACUCUUUCUUUUUAGGAUGUGUGCAAUAAACGGUCGUUUCAUGAUCAUAUUUUUCUAUAUAUUCGGGCUAAUUUUUUUUAUUGAACUAAGUGCUUUUAGGUUUAAGUAGUACUGCUAAUUUGUCUGUGUUUGUCCAAAUGAAAUGAGGAUAUUUGAUUAAAUAAUUUUUUUUUUCAA